AAAGAAUUAGAUCAACAUGAUCGGAACACUCCUUCUCCUCGCAGCCGCAUUCCAGGCUGGUCUCUGUACACCAGGCUGCGGCUGUUGCUGCCCACCUCCAUGCUGUGACUGUUGCUGCCCACCUCCAUGUUGUGGCUGUUGCUGCCCUCCUCCAUGCUGUGGUUGUGGCUGUUGCUGUCAACCAUGCUGCCAAGUUGAGACCUGUGUCCGCCCUGUAUGCAAAGAAACAGUCAAGUGCCAGCCUGUAGUCCACAAGAAGCUCAGCUGUAGACAAGAAUGCUGCACUCGUUGUGUUCCAGUUGUCCAGAACCACGUAUCUUGCCAGCAAGAAUGUUGCACCCGUCACGUACCCGUUGUACAGAAAUACUGCAGACCCGUCGUCGAAUGCAGAACCCGCCAUGUUCCAGUCUGCAAGCAUCGUUGCCGUACUGUAGUCGAACCCUACACUGUACACGUCCCAAUCUGCGAAAAGUGCGUCCGUUGCGUCGAAGAAUCCUGCUGCAAACAUGUCCCAGUCUGUGAACGCCGCUGCCGUCCAGUUUGCCACCAGAGUGUGAAGUGCGUGCCAGUAUGUGAACGUCGUUGCCGCCCAGUUGUCGAAUCCCAAGUUUCCUGCGUCCCUGUAAAGCAGUGCGAAGUCCACCAUUGUGUUGAGCAGCGCCUUCGCCCAUCUUGCUGCUGUUCUCCAUGUUGCUGCCCACCCCCAUGCUGUGGCUGUUGCCCACCUCCAUGCUGUGGAUGUGGCUGUUGCUGUUAAUGCAAUGUCACCAAUUAUUUAAAUUAUUUAUUUAAUUUAUUCUCAAAAGAAUAAAAUCUG